AAUAAUUAAUUUAGAAAUAUUGGUAUUUUAUUUUUAAUAUUAUUUGCGCAAACACGAAGGCGGAGCUACUACAUUAGAACACAAUUUGUAGGGAUAGGACAUAUUCUCGAUGUGGCUUUUUAUCACUUAAUUAAGAUCAGUCUUAGUUUUCGCUCUCAAGCUGUUGGCUCUCGGUGUUCAUGAUGUACGGAUCCUUCCGGGUACUGCUGCAGGUCCUGUGGGCCCUGCUGCUCUGGGGCUGGGCUCUCGGCUCCGAGCUGACAUUUGAGCUACCAGACAACGCCAAGCAGUGUUUCUACGAGGAUAUUAUCAUCGGAACUAAAUGUACACUAGAAUUCCAGGUAGUGACUGGUGGUCACUAUGAUGUGGAUUGCCGAUUGGAGGACGGGGAUGGAAACAUCCUGUAUAAGGAGAUGAAGAAGCAAUAUGACAGUUUUACCUUCACUGCAUCCAAGAAUGGCACCUACAAGUUCUGCUUCAGUAAUGAGUUCUCUACCUUUACACACAAAACUGUAUAUUUCGACUUUCAGGUUGGAGAGGAUCCUCCACUCUUCCCCAAUGAGAACAGAGUCACUGCUCUGACCCAGAUGGAAUCAGCUUGUGUGUCCAUCCAUGAGGCUCUGAAGUCUGUCAUAGACUACCAGACACAUUUCCGCCUCCGUGAGGCUCAGGGACGCAGUCGUGCAGAGGACCUGAACACUCGUGUUGCCUUCUGGUCUAUUGGAGAAGCUAUUAUCCUCUUGGUGGUCAGCAUCAGCCAGGUUGUUCUGCUGAGAAGCUUUUUCUCUGAAAGAAAGACCACUACAACACGUGUUGGAUCGUAACAUUCUCUGAGCUCUGAGAUGGUAAUUUUAACCUCCUCACGCAUGGAGUUGGCUUGAAUAGCAGUGCUGAUCUAGAACGGUUUUAUAUCAAACUGCCAGAUCUCACAAUCUGACAUGUCCUUUAUUUUCAUCACUGCUCUUCCAGGAAACUUCAUGCAAAAUGAGAAUUAUAAAAGAAAGGGUGUGGUUGAAAUUCGGACAAAAAGUUAAAUGGAGAAAAAAAAAACCCAGAAGAAGUCUCAAGUUGAUUGUAAAUAUUUGUAUUCGAAGCAGUUAAAACAUCUGGCCAUUCAGGCAAACCUUUAAACUUUGAGUAUUUGAAAUAAUUUUGUUUUUACAUUGUUUUUGUUCUUUUUUUGCACCCAUUAUAUCAUAUACCUUAAUUCUGUUCAACAUUCAGCCCAUAUGCUGUACUGAAAUAAGUAGACAACAAAGAAAUUAUGGGUUCUGUUGGGUAUUUUUCUACCUGCAAAACAUUUAGGUUUAUAUCCUUUAAAAUAACAUUAUUUGUUAGAAAACAAAAUAAUUCUCAUGCCUUUCUUGUUAUUAAACCUGGUUUUAUCCGGUGGUAAUGACCAGGUAUUGUCUUUGCAUUUACUGGUUUUGCCAUUUUAAAUAAGUCAUUUACAGUGGUAAUGCUGUGAAUUGUAAGGUCUCUUUAAUAUUAAGCUGAUUUUAUACUUUGUGAGGGUGAACCCAUAUGAUGUUUGAAAAAGUAACAUUUUGUCAAAUAUGUUGCCUAUAGUUCAUUGAACAAAAAUAUUAUCAAAUUGUUAUUCCCAGUUUUUCAUGUUCUACCUAGUGCUGUCUAGCAAGUGCAACAACCUAUUUAUGUUUUUGUCUAUUUGGGGUUUUAAAAAGUUCUUGUGAACAUUCAUGUGGGUUUUCUUUGCGAAAUACUGCUUGAAUAUAAGGAUUCUCGAAACUUUUGAGUUCUUGUUGUAAUUUUGAAUUAGACCAGUUUAAAAAUGACAAUGUUUUACAAAUCAAA